AUGCAUCACAGAAAUUAAUGGUAGUGUGAAAGAGAGAGAGACAGAAAAAAGAGGAACAAGAGAAGGAGAAAAACAAGUGUUUGUUUGUGUGACAAAAACAAACUACCAUGGCAUCCUCAAAUUCACCAUGUGCAGCAUGCAAGUUUCUACGCCGAAAAUGCCAACCAGAAUGUGCAUUUGCACCUUAUUUUCCACCUGAUCAGCCACAAAAAUUUGCAAAUGUUCAUAGAAUUUUUGGAGCAAGCAAUGUUACAAAGCUUCUCAAUGAUUUACACCCUCACCAACGUGAAGAUGCUGUGAAUUCACUUGCUUAUGAAGCUGAGAUGCGACUUCGAGAUCCUGUUUAUGGUUGUGUUGGUGUAAUUUCUCUCCUUCAACACCAACUUCGUCAGCUUCAGAUGGAUCUUUAUUGUGCUAAAUCCGAACUUUCUCGUUUUCAAAACUUGAGUAUCGCAGCGGCAGCUACUGCCGGUCAUGGACUCAUAACCGGCAUGACAGGUGAGUCUGUCACGGCCGCUGCAGGUAAUUACCACCACACGCAAAAUACUGCUGGUGGUGGUAAUAACAGUAACGGCCGUGACCAUCGUUAUCAUCAACAUCAUCAGUUUUUUCCAAGGGAUCAACAUCAACAACAUAAUUUGGUUAGAAAUUUUGAUGGUGGAAUUGGGAGCAACUAUGAUGCUAGUCUCUUGGCUAUGAAUAUAUCUGCUAGCUUAGGACAGAUCAAUCAACUUCAACAUCAUAGUGCUGCUGGUGGUGGUGGUGACGACCGCCGUACUGUUAACCGCUCCUAGCUAGGGUUUCUAAUGCUAUAGGAGUUUUGACAUUACUAGCUGGAGAGAAGAUUUCAACCUUCAUUCUUCAUUUUUGAUGGACACUCAAAGACAAAUUUGUUCAUCAGUCAAAGCUCGAAUCGGUUUUUAUUUUUAUUUUUUGUUUUAUAUGAUUACAAAAUUGUAGACAGAAAAAAUAUAUAUAUGACGUCUAAAUGAAGUUAUGAAGUAGCUGACCAAUAUUUUACUAUUGUGAUUUUACUAUCUCUACAGAGAGAAGAAAUAAGUGAAGGGUUCCUCUUCCUCCAUGGAAAGAUUAUCACUAUUAGCAAACAGUAUAUUAUCUUCUUUUAAUCAAUUACGAUGGUACAUUUUUGGUCAAA